AUGUGCUUUUUAAAUACUAAUUUUUUUAAAAUACUGGAAUGUGCCCGCAGGGUCCUGACACUCGAGAACAAGGCUGUUGGGGCCACCUCCACGCGCACGAGCAAUGCCGCGAUAAAGGCCUGCGUUGCAGUUCUCUCCGAAGCAUCCACAAAGCCCUUGCCGUUGGUCCACGCUUCUAGCUCUGCAUUAUCUCACAGAGUGCCUUUUGUAGCUCCAUCUGGCAGCCGUCUUGCAGGCUGCUUUGCAUCCCCACCAGCCCCGGAUCUCAUCGCUCCCUCAGCUCCCACUGACCCUGCUUUUCUUAGUACCUCUGCUUCUUGCCAAUCCGUUGAGGAGCUGCAGCGAGUUGCCACCGCCGGCUUUGGGGUGUACACCCAGCUGCGUGCGAGGGGGCCCUACCCAAAUUACAAAACUUUCCUCUUGACUGCUCGGCUUCUCUCGUCAUUUACUGCUGCUGCUGUUGCUGCUGCACCCUUUGCUGCUGAGGCACGGACAGGGAGCAUUUCGUUGCUUCGUUCUCCAGCAGACGCAGCAGAGGCAGCAAUGGCUCUAGCAGCAGAAUAUGCGGCUUCACUGCUGACGGGACCUAUUCGCGCAAAGGCACUGCAUCAGGCACGAGUGCAGCAGCAGCAGCAGCAUCAAGGAGAUCUGCAACAAGGAUGUAUUCAGCAGCAGCAGCAUCAAGGGGAUCGGCAACAAGGAUGUAUUCAGCAGCAACAGCAGCAAGGAGAUCGGCAACAAGGAUGUAUUCAGCAGCAACAGCAGCAAGGGGAUCUGCAACAAGGAUGUAUUCAGCAGCAACUCCAACAGACGAAGGAGCAGAUCCUACGACAGUAUACUCCUUGGGUACACGGAGAGGCCAUGAGGACUUCCCUUCUGCAGCAGGACUAUGCUGGUGCCCUUAACAUGUUCGAGGCAUUGCUGCGGCUGCGGAGGCAGCUCCACAGGGAUUUAAGCCAACUCUUGCUCCAGGAGCAACCUUCCCAGCAGCAUCAGGAGCUGCUUAGGCAGCGAGAAUAUGGUCGUGUUUUGCUUCCUCCCUUGCCAUGUGGCGUGUUGGAUGUUGCUUUGCGAGCACUGGAAAGCUCACUGCUGGCGGGGCAGCCCCCAGUUUGGGCCUCUCCGUCUCCUGCUUCUGUCCCUUACUUCUCCAGUCACUUCAGGCCGAGGAGGCAGCUAGCUCAGCUAGCCAACGGGAACAUAGCUUCGGCAGCGAUACUCGAAAGAUACCUGAGGGUCCAGGAUGCGCCCUCCGUUCGCUCUCCUACUGGAACUGCAUCGACUGUGACCGCUGAUGGCACUGGAGCAAACCUUAGUGCUAUUGCGCAUGCAAAGAUGCGACUGGUAAGCCCUAAAUGCGAGAGACCCCCACGGCAUCCCAGAGAGGCUCUUAAAGGCCAACGCAAAGUCUCCAGAAGCUUGGUGCGCGGAGUACGAGGAGCUGCAGAAAGCUCACAAACUGUGGGUAAGUGUGUGUUGAGGCAUGCACGCACAAAACGGCCAGAAACGCAAACUCUGAAUCAUCGAACUCCAUGGUUGCUUCCCUCUGAUUUGCAGAGAGGGGAUGAAGAGCAUAUCGCGAAGCUGCUCGCUAGGCGUUUUGGGGGGAUUGAAGCUCUGAAGAUCGUUCACCGACAACUACAGGGGCAAAAACACCAGCCAGAGCGCCAACAAGUGCAGGAGGAGGAGCACCACGAACAGCAGUGGAGCUUCCACGAGUCCCCACUCAACUCUCUUCACGGCCUGAGUUACGAAAGUGUUUGGAACAGUAGCUGCAACGACAUAUUUGUGAAUACUGCAUCUACAGGUGAGGAGUGGAUUGCCAAACUCUGGUGUUACUGUUUAAUUGCGGUAUACGUGCAGACAUCCGAGUUGAACCCCUCGAUACCCCGGCAAAUCCUUCUGCCCUUCCCACGUUGUCUGUCUAUACUCGUACUCCUGGGGAGGACCGGCUAUGCACGCGCUGCUCUCAACCUCUUCCGAUGGUGGAUCUCUCAGUGGAGAUCUGAUGGAAGAAGACAGUUGGAAAUUAAGGAAACUUCAAGUGUCCAUACACCCAAGCCCUUUUGGACGCGAACACAAAAGAGAGUUAGCCAUGCAGCAAGACUCCUUGAAACCACCGUCAGAGCAGCUGCUGCUGCAGGAAGCACUUUGUUCGCAAAUUCAUGUGUAAAACUAUCUACUCCAAGCGCAUGUGCAAUUUACGUUCCUGUUUCUGCAUUUGUACAUAAUCAAGUGUUUGCUCGUGACUUUCUAAACUUUGCACGACUGCUGAUAGAGGAACGUGCAUUGGAUGUCCAUGCAGGUCGCUGGGAUUUGUCUCUCGAUGCUGUAGAGCUCUUUCUGAAUGCUCGCAAGGAUCUGCUUCCUAAGGAGAAAUUAGGCCAUGCGGAUUUGGGCCCACGAAGUCUCCGUUUGCAUACCUUCCAUGCUUCUAUCAGCCGUGUGUUGCAUCUGCUGGCCAGUCAUCUCGCCACAUACUCUCUAGCAGCCAGUCAGAGGCUGCAGGGGGCCCUUGCUGGGUUUGACAAAGCUUGCAAGAGUUGGUGUGCCUCCUGUGGGGACACCCACAAUAAUACCUCCCUAAAUCCCGUGUCACUUGAGAGGCUAUUGGAGGAGGAGACGGUGUUCGUGACUCUGGAGCGAGAGCUUUGUAAAUUUAGGAAGACGAUCUCAGAUGGAAUCACGCAGAAGACUGCUGCUGCAUCUGCAGAGAGAGUGAAGGCACCGGAAGCAACAUUGCCUAACCCCUGUUUGCGUGCGCUUGCUACACGCUGGAGAGUGCGGCUCGCCUCAGGGCGCCCUCUUAGGUACGGAGAAUUUCCACUGGAAGAUUUUUGUCAAGACGAAAGUCUAAACGCUCGCUUAGCCUAG